AUGGGGAAGUUCAAGAAAGCGUUGAAAAACAGGGGCUUCGAGCUCGAGAAGCUGAAGAAUGAGCGGCCGAAUUUGGAGACUCAAGAUGCCGGAUAUCGGGCGGAUACGCACGAGAAAGUGAAUCGAAAAAGGAUUAGCGAAGAAAGCACCACAAAAUUCAUCGGUGAUAAAGCUGCAGCUCGCAUUUUUUCUCAAGCCAGAAAGCAGCUCGCUGAAGAUGAUGAAGUGGCUGAUAAUGAUGAACCACAAAAACGUUUGAGACAUGUAAGCCUUGGAGAUGUGAUCACUGCUGAAGAUGAAGAGCUAAAUUUUGAAGACUAUGAUGAAACACAAGUGGAAGUUGAUCCCGAUGAGGAGGCGGAUUUCAAGAUGUUUAUGGCCGAAGGAAAGCAACAACAAUCUUUAUGGGAGAUGAUCCAAGAUAAAAUUGAGCAAAAAAAAGUUGAUGUCGAUUGUCAAUUAGACAUGCCUGAUGGUAUUGAGAUCCGAGAUCUUGAUCCACAAGUUAUUGAAAUGUAUCGUGAAGUUGGAAUGGUGCUAUCAAAAUAUCGAGCCGGAAAAUUGCCGAAAGCUUUCAAGUACACUGCGAGCAUGGAGAAUUGGGAGCAACUUCUUUAUUUGACUGAACCAGACGCAUGGAGCGCUGCAUCUAUGUAUCAGGCUACAGUGUUAUUUUCUUCCAAUUUAAAUCCGGUCGCUUGCCAAAGGUUUUAUCACCAUGUUCUUCUACCACGUCUUCGAGAUGACAUCGAUGAAUACAAAAAGUUGAACUACCCUCUCUACCAAUCCCUUGUUAAAUCACUAUAUAAACCGGCUGCUUUCUUCAAGGGACUCGUUAUGCCUCUUUGUGAGUCUGGAACGUGUACUCUUCGUGAAGCUGUCAUUUUCUGUUCAGUGAUCCAAAAAUUUUCGAUACCAAUCUUUCACGCGGCUGCAGGCUUGUUAAUGAUAGCAGAAAUGGAUUAUUCUGGUGCUAAUUCACUGUUCAUUCGAACAUUGAUCGACAAGAAAUAUGCUCUUCCAUUACGUGUUAUCAAGGCAUUAGUGGAUCAUUUUAAAAGGUUCAAAGAUGAAACCCGAGAGCUUCCUGUGUUGUGGCAUCAAGCAUUGCUUUCUUUCAUACAACGAUAUAAGCUAGAUCUGACAGAGCAACAGAAAAAGGAUAUUUUCGAGCUUGUUAAGGUUCAUUUCCACUAUCUAAUCACACCUGAAAUACGACGAGAGCUUCAACACGCUACUAAGACUGAAGCUGAGCAAGCAGAGCAUACAGAGACUUCAGUCGGCGUGGCAGGAGAGGCCUCUUCCGGGAUGAUACGGGUUGGGGCUUAUUGUUUUUCUCUUCCUUCGACAGCUCGUAAUUUCCUCUCUUCAACCCAAAUAUUGUCUUCUCAAGUGCGUGGGCGUCGCCGUACAUUGACAGCACCACCAUGGGCUCCUUUGGUUUACGAAACAUUUGACGAUUCAAAAAUUAGUGAUGCAAAUAAACAAUUGGUCAACAAGAUAUAUGGAUUGGAGAGGGAGCAAGCCUUAAAUAAUAUUGAUGAGCAAUUGGAAAGCAUAUCAGCAAGAAAGAUGGAAAAUCCAUCCUACAUGGACACACGCCGUGUUGGACUCGUUGCUACGAAAAUCGGAAUGCUCCCCCAAUGGACAAAUACAGGAAAACGUAUUCUAUGCACUCUGCUACAUGUUAAUCAAAACAAUGUGGUAAAAGUGAAGUCACCAGAAGAUUGGUACAGAACUUCUAUUAUCGGAAGACGGAAAGCAUUUGGUCGAGCAGGUCCAAUGUGGCAAGUGACCGUUGGUGCAAGUGAUGGCGAGCCUUGGCGUUUUCAUCGAGCUUACCGAAAAAUGUUUGCGAAAGCUGGUUUGCCGGUCAAGGAAAAAAUUGCUUCUUUCAUUGUUACCCCAGACGCUGUGCCUCAAUUAGGGAUGCCAUUAGAUGUUAGACAUUUCACCGUUGGUCAGUAUAUCACAGCCAGUGGAAAAACAAUUGAUUGGGGCUUUCAGGGAGCAAUGCAUCGCUGGGGCUUUCGUGGACAACCACAGAGAAGAACUACCAAAUCUCACCGACGUAUCGGCUCAAUUGGUUCGGUGGGAGAUGCGAGAGUUUGGCCGAGUAAACGGAUGCCUGGUCACAUGGGCUACGAAUGGAGCACCACUUCCGGAUUGAAGGUUAUAAGAAUGAACAUUGACAAGCAAGUCAUCUACAUCAAAGGAAAUGUUCCGGGUGAUAUUGGUGAAACUGUACUACUGAAAGAUUGUUUACAAGCAGAGAAGUAUCCAAAGGCAUUGAGCAUUCCAACGUGGACUCCAUCUCUUGCAACAAUUCCAGAAGCUUCGGAAGAAGUUAGCUCAGAAGAGGCGCCUUUCACAUAUCAACAAGAAUUUCUCCCCGAAUUGUUUAAGUUUACAUCUCCGACAAUUGUAUUCACAGAAGUUGAUGGAAAGAAAGCAGCCGGCCGUGAUAAAACUAAGGCAAAGAUUGCAAAAGUUAAGAAA